GGCAGGUCGCCGUCGCCGUCGCCGUUCGCGUGGAAUGAAGCUCAAUCGUGUUCGGUUCAGUGGAUCGAACUCUGUCUGUCUGCCGCACUUCCUUCAAGCUUCGACACUGCCCAAGUUCUUGAAAUUUUUAGCAGCGCUUGGUUUCUACGGCAAGGUGUGUAUUCCAUUCUGGUGUCCUCACCUUUCGUUCAUUCAAUCUUGCGCCAAUUUGCCUCGUCAACAUCAGUGUUGAAGGAGUGUUUGGAGAAAUUCGAAGUUGAGGGAUGAGUCGUGUAUGGCGAUCGCUUUGGCCGCGGGUUGGUGGGAUGAGAGUGGAGGAGAAGAUAGGGUGUGGUUGCCGAUACGUUGCGGUUCGAAGGGCGAGUGUGGAAGCUGGAACUGAGAGCCGAAGCCCACGGGAAGAGGAGUCCAGUUUGCCGCUUGUACAAAGAUGUAAGAAUCUGCUGGCGGCCAAUUGGAGGGCGCAGAUUACCACCAUAAAUGCGAACGACGAGGGCCCGGAUGCGCCUAAAGUGCACGGUUCACUAGUUAAUUACAUUCUUGUGGGCGGGAAUCCGUUGUUGUGGAUACCAAAGAACGAUGCGCAUGAGCUGAAUUUAGUGUUGGAUGAGCGAGGGUCUCUGGUGGUCGGGCACACGGACCCGCCGCCGCUAGUACGCGCGUGGCGGGAAAUAGGACGUGUGCCGCCUCGGGUCAUGUUGCUGGGAUCCGUUGCUCCUUUGCAGAGACAUGAGUUGGACUACGUCAAGCGGAGGGUUGCAAAGGUCCAUUUCGCUGUUAGCGACGCAGUGAAGGAAGCAGGAGCUGCUUUGCAAUCUGUGUUGCACGAAUCAGGAACGUUGGUUAACUCUCGAGCUCAGGCGCUUGAACCUAUGGUGAAAACCACUGAUGCAGAAUAUUCAAUUUUUAGCAUGGCGCCGAAAUCUUGUCAUUUUGUGGAUGUGCUCGGGGGGCGUCAUGAGGUCGAUGCAGCUGAUAUUGCAGGUGCUGCAGUGGACCCCCUGUGCAGAGUCCUGUUGGCACUCAUCGAUGGCAUCAACAAGAGUGAAACGCGAAGAUUUGCACUUAUCGUCUUCUGUGCAGUUUACUUGCAAGUUCGAGUUCAGGAUGCCUACAUUUUUGCCGCAGACCGGUGGGGUUUCAACGUACUUGCCAAUGUCAUGCCAAAAGAAGAUUCCGAUGCAGUUGAUUCCAACAAGCUUUGGAGAGAAUUUCGAUUUGGUUUUGCCAGGGAAGUGAAGGAUGCAGAGGGUUUCUGUGUUUUGCUUGCGGAGAUGGAGAAAGAGAGUCUAGACGCCUUGAAGAAGGCUCAGGAAGUGGACCCAGAUUUUUUGAAGAGAAAUGUCCCUAAGUAGUAACAAGACGAUACUUUGUCGAAUUCAUUUGGAGAGCUUAGCAGUGGGAAUCUUUAGAAUGCGGGAGUUUCUUUUUGUUACUCUUACUUCAAGUUGGUUUGCUACCAAAGGUGGACUUUUACUUGUAAGUAGUUUUUUCUUGAAAGAGGUUUUUCACCUCCGAUUCAUUGGGGGCAUCAGAUCAAUUUCUAGGGUUGUCAUCACCCAUAUUCAUUAUGAUUUUUGACGAUUCAGUAAAACGAGAAUGUUGGAAGUGUGAUCACUUUCGAUGUCUCAUCACUUGCAUGCGA